UUGAUCGUCUUCAACCUCAACGAGUCGCCCAAGCGAGUUUUAGAGAGAGAUAGAGAGAGAGAGAGAGAGAGAGAGAGCGGCCGAGAUCAGCAAGCUUUAGCUCCCGAGAAGACAAGAUGAACACCGACAUUACAGCGUCGACCAAGCCAGAGUACCCGGUAAUAGAUCGGAACCCUCCAUUCACUAAAGUUGUCGGCAAUUUCGACACUCUCGAUUACCUCCGUUUCGUCACCAUCACCGGCGUUUCCGUCACCGUCGGUUAUCUUUCUGGGAUUAAGCCCGGGAUUAGGGGCCCAUCAAUGGUGACCGGUGGUCUAAUUGGCCUGAUGGGAGGCUUCAUGUACGCUUAUCAGAACUCGGCGGGUCGGCUUAUGGGAUUCUUCCCCAAUGAUGGCGAGGUAGCUCGUUAUAAGAAAUAAGAUUGUGCGGUUUAGGGUUUUUUCUUUUUCUCUUUUGCUUUGUUUUUCUCAAAUUUGAGUUCUAGUUGUGGACAUUUUCACGAUGUUUCAAUUAUUAAACGUGCAACAGAGUUGUAUCAAUAAGCAAAUUGAAAUUUCACUGUUUUCUGUUUUACCCAUUUUUCGUCUAAAUGAAAUAGUUGAAAACUUACAUGA